GCCUGGGGCAGCUCCUCAGGAGGCUCUACUACUUGUGCAUCUUCCGCCCUAGCCAGCAGCAGGUCGAUUUCAUUUUCUGCACGACAGGUGGAGUCAGAAGCUUCAGACCUCACAGCAGGUGAGGACGGUUUGGCGCUGGCAGGGACUCCCUUGGCUGCCAUCCGUCGGCGACGCAAAGGCGCCCAAGAGCGCGGCGAGGAGGCUGACAUCCGCGACUUGCUGCGUCGCUUCGAAGCUGGUGUCGGACAGGAGGAGACUUCUCAGACAGCGUGCGGCCCCGCUCCGCGACCUAUGACCUCAGAUGUCCGCAUCAAUCCAAGAAGGCCUCUCUCGGCUUCAAGCCCUUCUUCUGGCCUUCGAUCCUCUCCAAAACGGCAGUCCUCGAAACGAAGGGUGCUCAGUUGCCCACUGCGCAAUCUUCCGGUCACGAGAGAUGAGAUAAGUCAGAUAAGUGCACCCUACAUCCAAAACCCUUGA